AUGAGCUCUUUGUUAGCGUGCCAGGCCCAACUCCUCCCAUCCAAGAGCUCUAAUCUGGGUUUUCGAUCAUCAUAUCCAAAUAAUACAUCAGUAUGUGGGCGUGGUUGUUGCAAGAUUUCAAACUCACUGAGCCAGCAGGAAAGGCUUUAUGAUGGUGAUCGUCGUGUCCAAAUAAUUCACCCCGAGCCUAUCCCUAAACACGUCGCUAUAAUAAUGGAUGGGAACAGGAGAUGGGCUAAGGUUAGAGGUCUACCAGUGCAAGAAGGACACAAAUUUCUUACGCCUAAUCUUAAAAAUAUUUGUAACAUUUCCUCCAAACUUGGAAUAGAAGUUCUAACUGCUUUUGCAUUCUCUACUGAAAACUGGAAACGUUCCAAGGAGGAGGUUGAUUUCUUGAUGCAACUGUUCGAAGAGUUCUUUCAAGAAUCUCUAAGGUUUAGGGUACGAGUGUCUGUUAUUGGAUGUAGAUCAAAAUUUCCCAACACUCUACAGAAACGCAUAGAGUUAACCGAGGAGGCAACAAUAGCCAACGGAGGACUUCAUCUUAUGAUGGCACUAAACUAUGGAGGACAUUAUGACAUGUUACAAGCAACCAAGAGCAUUGCCAGUAAAGUGAAGGAUGGUAUCCUACAAUUAGAGGAUAUCGACAACAAAUUAUUUGAGCAAGAACUCGCUACCAAGUGUGCUAAACCUGAUUUACUCAUAAGGACUGGUGGAGAACAGAGAAUCAGUAACUUCUUAUUGUGGCAAUUGGCUUACUCUGAAUUGUACUUUACAAAGACGCUAUUUCCCGACUUUGGUGAAGAGGAAUUGAAGGAGGCCAUACUUUCCUUUCAAGGAAGACACAGACGUUUUGGUGGACACACAUAUUGAAGCUCCUUUUG